AUGAUAAGGGCCGUAGUGCUGUCGGGAUCGGGAUGGUUGUUUCCUUGGCACGUAGGCGUUGUUUCGGCUCUUGCAAAGGAAGGCCUUCUUAAAAAAGAAAUUAUUUCUUAUCGCAAAGAUAUAACCGGAAAUAGUACCGCAACUGCAAAUACUCGCUUUUAUGGUACGUCUGGAGGGAGUGUAGUAGCCUCUGGAUUUGUUUUUGGACUGAGCGGAGAAGAGAUAAUGGAACUUGGUAUAGAAGUAGCUAGAAUGACGCGUCAACAUGGAUUAUUGGGAAACUUGGAUAGACUUAUCAAAGAGAUCGUAAAGAAAAAAGUUGCCUCUAGACAAGUUGGGGUAAACCCUCGGAACUUUAAAGAUCUUUUUAUAUGCGUGACUUCGCUUACUUCGAAAAACAAUAAGCCCGAAGAACCUUCUAGUUGGUUUGGUAAUCUAGCUUGCUACAAUAGAAAACCUUUAUUUAUUUAUAACAACCUCUCAAAAUCGAUCUUUUUUCGUAUUUCACAACUUUUUAAAAGACCUGAUUUGCUCAAUGAUUUUAAGAGCGAAGAAGAUGUUUUGGAUGCCUGCAUUUGUUCUUCUUUUAUCCCCUAUUACACUGGAAAAAAGUUAUAUAAGGAGUAUAAAGGCAGUAUGUACGUUGAUGGCGGGUUGUUUUACUCUAUCAUUCCUCCCUUUGAAGAAAAAGAAAUUGAAUUCCUGAAAACUAGUAAUUCGAACUUUUCUUUGUUUCAAGUCGAGUCUUUUAACGAAUCACACGUCGCUCUGCCGAAUAAUUUUACUUGCCCCAGUAAAGAUAUUAUUAUCUCCUGCCCUCUUCCACUAUUAGCCAGAAAAGCGGCGAAGAGGGCCCAACUUUGCAAAGAGUUGGACAUUCACAUAAUAACUCCUCCGCGUUGCUUUUCCCUUUUCCAGUUGCUUCGAUAUACUCUUGUUCCAGGGCCUGAGACUUUUUUACGUAAUUUAGAGAUUGCAGGAAAAAACGCAGCCCGUCUGUGGAUGUUAAAUAAAGAAAACUCAAGUAACUCGUACUUGUAA